GUCGUGCCCAAGAGUUUGGAGUCGCGGGCGCUGAUCCUCCAGGCGCUCCAGACGAACAUGCUCUUCGCGGAGCUCGCCAAGGGCCAGCUGGAGAUUAUUAUUUCCGCGAUGGCGCAGCACCACGUCGCGCGCGGCGAGGUCCUCAUCCGCCAGGGCGACGUCGGCGACGCGUUCUACACGGUCGAGGAGGGCGCCUUCGACAUCUUCGUCAAGAUGCGCAACAACAAGAGCGCGGGCACGUCGUUCGGCGAGCUCGCGCUCUACUUCAACGUGCCCCGCGCGGCGACGGUGAAGGCGUCGGCGCCCUGCGUCUGCUGGAAGCUCGACCGGCGCACGUUCCGCCACUUCGUGGCCCAGAGUCGGAGCGAGCGCCUCGAGAUCACGACGCGCGCGUUCGAGACGAUCGACGUGCUCGCGGCGCUGCCGACGGCGCACCUCCACAAGAUCGCGACGCACGUCAAGGAGCAGCCCUUCGACAAGGGCGCGACGAUCAUCAAGCGGGGCAGCGAGGGCGACUCCGUCUACCUGCUCAAGGAGGGGACGGUGCUCUGCACGAACAUCGACAAGAGCUACGUGCAGACGCGCGACGUCAAGCUCGGCCCCGGGUCCCACUUCGGGGAGAUGGCCCAGGUCACGGAC